GAAAGCAAUUUGGUCGGACGACUCGGAAUCGGACCGAUCCCCGAGAAGAGACGCCAAGAACAAGACGACCCACAAGGGCAGAAAGGAAGCCGAGAAGAAACAUAAGGAUAGCGACCGUAGACGAGAAGAAGUUAAGGAUGCGGAAAAGAAGCCCAUGAAAAAGUCUAACGAAGGACCUAGGCAGGGAUCGGGAUCUGGAACUAAGCGAAAAGCUGGCGACGACGAUAAGAAGCCUGCGAAGAGGAUCGUGAAGGACCUAGUCAAGUCGGCCGUGAAGGACGCUAAGCGGAAGACAUCCAAGAAGGAUCCCCAGCCUCACUUCAGCGGCGGAGGAGCAGGUGAACAGCCAGUUGACGGACUUAUCUUUGUUCGUCGUCAUAGACGGGCAAUGUUUCCGAGGAAGGCUACGCCUGGAUCAGCAGCAUAUGACCUAUUUUCUCAAAACUCUGGCGAAAUCAGUGGUGGCGGUGUUGGUGUGGUGGAGACGGGGAUCCAAGUUAUACUGCCCCUCAACCACUUUGGUUUGAUUAAGGGGAGGUCAGGAUUGGCCGCAGCAACAAUGAUAUCCACAGCAGGUGGCAUAAUCGACCAUGAUUAUACUGGGACGAUGAAGAUUAUCUUGCACAACAACUCGAGCGAAAACUUCGCUUACAAAGCGGCGUCACGCCUCGGGCAGCUUGCAGUAAUCCCAAUGUACCACGGACCAGUGCGAUACGUUGAAGGAACUAAGAAAGACGAAGAACACGGCGUUCAAAGAAGUGAGUUCUUAUCCCGCGAGCCGCGCGGUGAUAAGGGAUUCGGUUCGACUGAACAAUAACGCGUUUUUGGCAUUGUUCAUCACUUCACAUAUAUCACUUCCAACUUGCUAACAAUUUUUCAUUUAAACUGUUUUGAAUUAGUUAAUUAAUUAAUAAAUUAACUUUUUAACCGUC